GAUCUUUUUUCCCCCAAAUUUCUUGGGGAUCUUUUCCCCACAUUUCUGGGCUUCUUGUCUGAUUCCGCAAUACGAUCUCUCCAGCAUCAGCCCCAAUUUGUUGAAUUGGGGAAUCGCAGGUUCUUUAUUGAGGAUCCACAACGCUGGAUAGAUUAGGUACUGUGCUCCAAUUGGAGAUGAUUGGGGAAAAACUGUUGCUAGGCUGACAGCAUCGUGAUAAUUGCAGACCUUUUCAGCAUUGGCCAAGUUUUCUUGGGGAAAAGUUUCAUCUUAUGGAACAUGAAGAAAGUAGCCAAGAUUGCAGGAUGGUUGUUUUCAACAUUUACAAUUUGGUGCCAUUUGAGUAUCUUCGUGCCGCACUUAUGGGAAAAUUCACAUGAAAGAUUGGGCCUUUGAGCAACCUAUAUGCAAAUUAGGAGUAGUGCCCUGACCUUUCAUGGCUGUGAAUGCUCGUGCGAGGUCGCGAGACUUUUCGCGGCAAUUCUGGUCGGUGCUGUGCCAUGCCCUCAGCGAGUGCUUCCUGAUUGUAAUGCUCCUGGUGAUUGCCGUGGUGUCCUAUACCGCAACAAGGUUCGCACGCAUCUGCAGGAUUCGGUCACCGUGCAUGCUGUGCUCCAGAUUAGACAAGGUUCUACAUGGAAAGUCCUGGUUCUCUGAAGAACUGAUUUGUGCUGCACACAGGUUGGAAAUCGCGCGUUUGUCAUAUUGCCAGAUUCACAGCAAGCUCGCACAUUCUGAUGGUUUAUGUGAAAAAUGCUUUCUUUCAUGCUCUGGAUCGGUUGGUAAGCCAGGUAACCUGACAAACAUGAGUGCUAAGGAGAAGCCGGAUACUCGGUCACAGUCUAGGCACACACAUCUAUGUUCUUGUUGUUCAGAACCAUUCAAGAAGAGAAGUAAUGCACACAGGAUAUCUGAGGAGGCGAGUGGCAGGUCUCCAGAUGAUGGCAUGAGGAAAGUGAAGCAGAGAAGCAGAGCCAUGGUAAGUGUUGGUCAUUCUUCAGAUGAGGAUUGUGAUCAAUUGCCUUCUGGAGGUUACAGAAAGCUAAAUGCCUGUCGUGAUUCUGACUCCGAGAUUCACGUCUCGGAUGGCGAUGACAAUGACAAUGAUCAUGCAGUCCCUUAUAAAGCUCGACACCGAACCAGAGAUAUCUCAUAUGAUGAUGCACAUCUGCAACCUAUGAUCACCAGCAGCAAUAUCUUGUCAACAUCUCAUUCUGAGACUACUAUUCCCACAAAGCCGAUGAACACCAUUCCUCUAGUUCCAUUGAAUACUACAGCUGACAAAGGCAAUGCUGCAAAAUCUUUAGACCCUACUAUUGGGCAUGGCUUGGAGGAAAUCAACUGGAGUCAGGUCAAUGCGAGUAACAACGAUCUCAACAUGCACUUGAUGGCUGGGCCUGAGCAAGUUCACCAGGAGCUUCCAAAAGAAAAAACUUUUCUGGUUGGUAUUGAGGAAGUCAGCAAUUCAGAGGGUGUUUCAGGAAGCGCCGACGAAGAAGCUACAAAGUCUUUUGCCACUUCUGCAUAUGAUGGAACCAGUUCAACAGAUGCUCAUUUCAACCACAACAAAAAUGCUCCUGGUGGUAGAGCUGACCUUAGAUCUCCUCGUUGGUCUGAAGUAAUGUCCGCUAAGGAAACCAACUCAAGUACACAGGAAGAAGUGAGGACAUUCAUGUCCCAAUUGUCUUCUGCCCGAGGCUUUGAUGGCCCAUGGAGUGAUCUGGCUGCUAGUCCCAGAAUCAGCAUACAUAUUGAUGAGUACAGACAAUCUGAUGCCAAUCUGGAACCAUCUGAUUCCCAUGGUACAAGUGAAGAUGAAGGCGAAAUCUCCCUUGAGAGCCUGAAGCAGCAAUGCGAGGUUAACAAGAAAAACUUACGUAUCCUUUAUAAGGAGCUUGAGGCAGAACGGAGUGCUUCAGCUGUUGCAGCAAGUGAAGCGAUGGCUAUGAUCAAUAGGUUGCAAGUGGAAAAGGCCGCAAUGCACAUGGAGGCGAUGCAGUAUCUCAGGAUGAUGGAAGAGCAGGCUGAUCAUGACCAAGAAGCAAUUGAAAAGCUAAAUGACUUGCUUACAGAAAGAGAGAAAGAAAUGCUUGACCUGGAAGCUGAACUCGAAAAUUAUGAGAGCAGGUUCUGCGGUGAAUCAACUGAUCUCGGAAAAGUUGAUGCUACUUAUGGAGAUAUGGGAUUCAGAGUCUUGGACAGCUCAGAUUUCGUGAGGAAUACCUUUUUUGAUUUUGAAGAUGAGAAGGCCAAAAUCUUGGAAUCCUUAAGAAGAUUGGAGGAAACACUUGGCAUACCGUGCACGAAUAGAUAUGAUUCGGGUAGUGCCAAUGAUGGUCUACAGAAUGGGUCUCUGAGAGAUCACCCAAGUGAUGUGCUUGGCCACCAUGUAGAAAACCCAGUAUCGGAAUGUCGCAGUUCACUAUUGCCUCCGGAACACUUGAACGAUGAAUCAGUCUCUUCUCAGCUAAAUGAUGAAAAUCAAUCAGUUGAGAACCAAAAAUAUGAUUUGGGUAGCGCCAAUGAUGGUCUACAGAAUGGGUCUCUGAGAGAUGACCCAAGUGAUGUGCUUGGCCAUCAUGUAGAAAACCCAGUAUCGGAAUGUCGCAGUUCACUAUUGCCUCCGGAACACUUGAAUGAUGAAUCAGUCUCUUCUCAGCGAAAUGAUGAAAACCAAUCUGUUGAGAACCAAAAAUAUUUUGGUUCAGGCUCUCACCCAGAUGACGAUAAUAUUAGUGCAGUGACAAGCAUUAAACAGGAAAUUUCACUCUUAAAUAGUAGAUUCAUGGCACUUGAAGCAGAUCAGAAGUUUCUCAAGCAGAUAUUGAUUUCUCUUAAAUGUAGCAAUGAUGGAGAACAAUAUGUGCAGGAGAUAACUACUCAUUUGCGGGAGCUGCGAAGAACCGUUACUGAACAGAGAGAUAGAACAGUUUUAUGAGUUCAAAGUUAUUCAGCAUUCAGAAGGUAAUAAUAGGCCAUAGUUGUAGUACAUCUGUUGGCAAUGAGUAAUCACUUCGAAUGUUCAGCAACAUGUUGUGGAAAAUCAAAAUGUAUAGUAUAGCUUGUAGGAUUAGUACAGGUUGUUCUGGAGACCUGCACUGUAACAGGUCUACCAAAUGAACUGAAUAUCUAUGGAAACUGUAGCCUUAGGUUGAUUCUUCCAUUAGAGUAGCUUUUGUAGAAGAUCAGGGCACAAUGCCCCGUUCUAUUACCAGAAUGAAAUAGAAAUUAAACAAUUUGAAGCUCA